AUGAUCCUAGACUACAAGCCGCUUAACGGGUGCCUGCCCCAUGAAUUAGAGACGAUUCUAAGACUGCAACCGGUGGAAGACCGCGCGGCCCUGGUCUACACUGCAAUCAAGCCAAAGAAAAAAGAGUCCACCUCGUCGCAAGUAGCUGCCAUUGCGGGAGCUGCUAGUGUGGCAAAAAACAAGUCACCGCGGAACAACUAUCACAGCGGGGGCCACCGGGAGGAGGUCGAGAAAGUCCGGUAUAAGUUCAAGCAAUUCGAUAUGGAAGUGCCAGAAUCGAAAUUGACAAAAUCGAAACAUUUCCGAUGCAUAAUAUCGAUACCAGUUGGAGUUGUUGGCGCCUCAGUUUCCAAGUGGCGCAUGACAAAUUUCGAGAGCACCAAUAAAGUCCAGUCUGUCACGCUGUUUGGACAAAGAAAAAGACUGCUCCUGUCGUGCUAUUCAUCUGGCAGCUCGUUGCAUCCCCCUAAACAGGGUUGCAACCGGUCUCAUUUGCCUACUCCCCAACACAGGCCUUACCUGCCCUACAUUUUAUGUAUUGCAAAUUUUUCGAUUUUGCCGAUUUCGAUUCUGACACAUCCAUAUUCGAUGUGGAAUCGCAGGAAAAGUGGUAUUUCCUGGCCGACGAUACGACGGAGCAGGAAAAUUUUUGUUUCGCGGAAGAAAUGUUCCCAGAAAGCGACGACGAUGAGGGUUCAACAUCCCAGUCGUCUUCUUCUGGCGCUGCGUCAAGUAGUGACGGUGAGGAAAGAACUUUUUCGACGACGUCGAAGACCACCGGCAUGUCUAGAAAAAUCGCGCAGCAGCGGCGGAAAAUCGAAAGACUGAACCGCAAAAUCGAAAAGAAGAGAAAGGCCAUGAUCGAGCGCCCCAUGGGCCCGACGCACGAUAUGCCCCACAUAUGGAAGGCAAAUAUGUCUGGGUCUGGGAGAUUCUGAGACUUGUCAUGCACGUUUUGCGUGACCCAUGAGGUCUGUGAUGCAUGCCGUAGCACCACGGGUUUCUUGAGGGAUUCUUGAUGCCUAUUCCCCAUGACAAACGCCCUCUCCGCGUAGUAAAAAUGAGAAUCCUUUUGCUGCUCAUGCAACACAAAUUUUUUAGACAUCCAAAUGCAGCAUCACAAGAUGCAUUCUUUUUCUUCCAGACUGAGACACUUUUGCAUUUGAUACCACAAGAAUUUUGACAACGAGGAAUUUUCCGCCCAGGGCCUGCAGUGGAACAAGUGUGGGCUGGACAGGGGCUCAACUUUGAACACAAUGCUAGAAGAUUUCACAGAGGUGAAAUUUCUCACCGCGGUUGCGAGUGCAAAGUCCACCUCGAGUGACAGCAAGCACAAACUGUGCGGCAGCACGUUGCUGCCCCGACGCCUUGCGUUUGAUCUGUUCCUCUUGCAGUUAUGGCCCAACUACGAUAUUCCCGUGCAAUACGUUUUGAACGCAAUCGGCGAGCCGGUGCUUAUUUCGGUGAAAUUAGGCCGGGAGUGGAUUCGGAUCGUGGAUAUCAAUCUGCAAGUGAUCAACGAUAUCAAAUGCAAAUAUCCCACCUGGAUGUCUGGAAGAAUGCAACUUGUGAUGCUGAAUUUGGAUUCUACAAAAAUCUGUACGGCGUGAACAGCAAAAGAGGUCCAGUUUUUGCCACUGUGAGAGGGCAUUUCAUAUGGGGUAUAGGCAUCAGGAAGCCCUCACAAAAUCUGUGAUGCUAGAGCAUGCGUCACAGACUUCAGGAGUCAUGCUCUUUUGGCUGCAUAUAAGAAAAAAAAGUCCACCUAUUUCAAGGGGCCGCACCCCGCUUUUUAUGCCCGGCCCCGUUCCUGGCACACAGCGUGCUCCACGAGGCGGGCGCAUAGACGGGCUCUUAGAUCCGGCGACACUCAUGUGGACAUACUAAAGCUACAUGAUGACAAACAAAAAAUCCAUCUUACAGCUACCGCUUCGCUUUGCAAGCACCGCAAUCGAGGUAGUGCUGACCUGUUUUGUACCGUAAUACGCAAAUGUCUGACAAUUCAAAAAAACAAAACUAUUUCAUCUUCUCGUCGCCAUCAUAAGUACCUUAAGGUUCCGCACACCUCUAUCUCUAGUUUCUUGUUGAUUACUUCUCGCUCGUUCGGUCGCGCAUGUGCGGUGCAGCCCGCUCAGAGUUUUUUGUUUUUCAUGCGACUCUGCAGCCCUCACGCAUAAAUGUUUGCAUGUUUCAAGUCCUUGGACUUUCAUGGGCUCACGCACAUCCGAGAUCGGGGGGUGGGAGGGGGUCUCCAAGCAAGAAAAAAAAUCCCCCCGAGUGGGAAUCGGGAAUAAUAAAGUGCAAAGUGUGCAUGACAAACCUUGCAUCCUUCCAGACCCAGACAUUUUUGCAAGUGAUCAACGAUUUCCGGGAAAUGCAGCAGCUGAUCCAAAGCCGGUGCUACAAUCUAUGGGACUUUCAAACGUUACAUUCUCAACUGUUACAUGAUUUGUCAUGCAAAACGAGCAUCAACAUCCACAAGGUGAAGCUGCUUCGCAUGACAAAUUUUGCAAAGGCUAAAUAGCACCUAAAUCUGUGCGGAAUUUGUAAUGCUACAGGUGCAACCUCCCUGCUUUGACUUUUGCCGUUCUUGCAUCACGAAUCCGUGUAACAGUUGAGAAUGUAACAGCUGAGAACGCCAUACAACCCGCGGGCGGGGCGGUACGAGACUGCGGAAGAAGAGGAGGACGUGCAAAACGCUGUUCCUGUUGACGGUGACACCGACCAGACAAAAUCUUCAAAAACGCAGUCCGAGGAUGUUGAUGCAGGAAAAAAUGCCGUCGCAGUGGUCGCAGCGGGACAAGGCAGCCCAAGUAAGAACAAAG